AUGGAUAAUGUUGAAGUUGAAGUCAAAAAGCAAUUGAAUUAUUUGAGGAGCAUACAGAGUUACCUCUCAGAAUCCUCAGCUAAUCCAAAAGAUUUCGCAAAAAUUAUAGAUAUUUACAAAAACCCCCUACAUAGAAUACUUAAAAUUAAUUGCUAUCCAUUACUCAAGACCUUCCCCUCAUCUGAACUCGUUUGUUUAGAAUUAGAAAAGGACUUCAGCAAUAAAGAUUACGAAAUUCAACUACUCUCCCUCAAAUUAGCCUACUCCUUGCCAAUUAGUAAUCUUAUGCAAAUUGUUAAAUCCUACGACACAGCAUUCUAUUAAAUAAUCGAAUAGUCGCCGGAUUUCCAUUACGAAAGAUUGUGUGCAGUCAAUUCUAUUUUGCAAUUAUUACUCACAAAAGAAACAGAAGUGGAUUCAAUAGACAUGCCAAAACAAACAAUAACUAACAUUUACUUGAGAAUAGCUGAAAAUUGCUUCUCCAAUAACAGAGACAUCUCAGCUAAUUGCAUCAUUUGCUUAUCGGAAUUUUUAUAAAGCAAAUUGCAGAAUCCCAAUAAUCUUACAUAAGUCAAUUAUGAUUCUCAAUAAAUUAAAUAGUAUUUAUAACUUAGACUUUAACUACUUUACGAAAAAAUUUGCAGUUAUGAAGUUCGCAUUAGAUCUAAAAUGCUGUUUUUGAUAUCUUUGGUCUUGAUUGAUUCACCUAAACAAUUGCAAUAAUAAAAUACAGUUCAAUAAAAUUAGAAUACACUUGUUUAUAAGUUAAAUGUAAUAGAUUUUAAUAAUAAAAUCAUCAAAGCUGGCUUGUAUGAUGUUCUUUAAUACAAUUUUGAAAUAGAUAUAAUUGUAUAAAUUUCAAACUUCCUUAUUAAUGUCAUUUCAUAAUGCAAAUCAUAUGAAUUUUUUAAUACAAGCCAACUUUUGUGGUAGCUUUUUGAUUGUAUUGAUAAAUACAUCAAGAAAGUCAAUUAUAAAAAAGAAUUGAACCAGAUAUUGCUAUAAAUACUUCAAUUAGAUAUGGAUUUAAAUACGAAUAUUGCAAUAUCAAUAAGAAUUCUGGAGAUAUCCUUCCUAAUUACCAACCAAUUGACUAGACUGUUAUUCAUGCUAUAUUGCUUUAAUAAUUUAAUCUAAAAAUCAAUUGAGUUGCUGUAUUAAAAGAAGACUAGUGCAAUCUUAGGACUUUAUAAUUAGACUUGGUUUCUAACAAAAAUAAAGGAUGAACCAGAAGAACUAAUCUGUUGCUUGAUUAUUGCAGCUAUUCAUUAAGAGACAAAUAAAUCCAUUUUAUUGGAAAUAAUGGAAAUUUGUAAUGCUUUUAUUUGGGAUGGGUGUAACAUAGAAGCCAUUAUCAUGUAUUUAUUAUUGAUUGAAGAAUGCAUCAAUGUCAUUCCAUCAGAUGAAAUUAGAUUGGAUGAUCUAAUUAAUAGAAUGAAUACAAACUAAAUAAGUUUCAACUAGAAAGUCUAGACCUUGUUAAUAAUUACUAGAAAAUUCAAUGAGAGCAGUUUGAAUUGUAAAUUAGAUUACAUAAAUAUAUUGGCAGAAUUUAGAACUUUUAUGAUUUAACCAGUGUAGACUUAAAUCUGUUAACUUAAUCUCUUACAAAAUGUUUAUAAGAUCCUCUAUUAUUUAUCAAUCAAUUUUCAUACACCAGAAAAUCAUAUUAAAUAAUAGAUUUUGGAAUUGCUUUCAGAUUACAAUGACAAUCUAUAAUAAAGGAAAAAUGAUCACAUAGCUGAAUAAUUGAUAGAAUAUAAUAGAAAUUUUGUUAAGUCACUUUAAUACAAAGAGUCUCUCCAAUAAGAUUAAUUAUAAUUAAAGAUAAAUAAUUAAAUUGAUUCAAUCAACCAAAAUUUACAAAACUUAACUACCUAUCAAAUAGCUUACAAUAUAUUUUAAUAAAAGUAAUUUUCAUCAGAAUAAAAUACUCUUAUAAUGAAUUUAAGAUCAUUGCAAUUACCUUAAAAAAACAUUUUUACUGAAUUGCAAUUGAAUUCAAAAUUAAUUACAGGAGUUAGUGAUUUUGUAUAAAUCUAUUGUUCUCAUACAUUAGAUUUAUAAAAAUCCUGUAUAUGUUUAGGAAUCAGAGUUAUCAAUAACUGUCCAUUUAAGUUAGACAACUUAGGAAUCAAAAUAUUAUUAGAUAGAAAUUCUUAUAUCCAAAAUAAUUAUAAAUUAAUUGAAGAGUUGCCUUCUUAUUAAGAAAAAUAAUUGUUUUAUGUUGUUAAAGUAAAUCCAAAACUCUCUAUGCAUUUUGCUUUUGAUAUCAUAUUGCAAGACAUUAAAAAUGAAUCUUCACAAUCAUUUGCUAUUAGAACAUAGAAUUACAGAAUUAGCAUGCUUGAGUUUCUCAUACCUAACACUUUUUUGUAUUUAUCAUAGAAUUGUUUUUAAUACAUAACUUACGAUACUUCAUUGAUUAUCAAGUGUUAUUUAGAAGGAAAUUAUUUAUAACUAUAUAAGAAGCUAUUAUCAUAACCAUUUGCCGCUGUUAUUUUAGACAACACAAACUAAGUAUUUUAAUAUUCAAUUAAAUAAAAUUUAAAUCUUGAUUUGAUUUCCCAAAAUGUAUCUAAAACAAUAAACAUUGGUUUAUUAUCUUAUCUAAUAAAUGGCUAAAAUUUAGCAAUAAUAAUAUCAAAUAUUUCAACAUAAUCGAAUUCAACAGAAGUUUUGUUGGAGAUUAAAUCUGAUAAGAGCUGCAUUGAAAGUUUUUCGACAGAAAUUGAUAAAUUUUUAUUUGAAUUGUCAGACGGAUUAUUAUCUGUAGUAUUAUGA